AUGUGGGUCGCGCUCAGUAUGCAGCAGGAGUGGAGGGGUCUGCCCGAGGGCGUACAGGACCACUUCCUGAAUGUGUGCGGCUCGGCGCAGAUGGUGCUGUCGGGCUUCCCGCAAUCCCUCUUCACCCCGAGCUGGUGGCGUGACCGCCGAGGCCCUGCGCGGCACCUACGAGACGUGCUCCAGGGCAAGGCGCCGCAUCGUCGGCCCAGGCACCGAGACAGGGCGGAGGCGAACCUGAAGGAGGCGCUGCGGAUGACGGAGGAAGCAGAAGUUGCGUGGCGGGCAGAGCCACGGUGUGUGGGUGAGCGUCGG